AUGGCAUGCAAGGCCCCGGCGACCCGCAGCUCCACGCCCGCCGUCUCCUUCCCGUCCGCAGCGGGAACAAAGCUUCAAGCCUCGGAACUUCGCCGGCAGGAAGCAGAGAGCCUUCUGACAGGGAAUCUCAAGGAAGGGCGAGAAUCCACGGAUGUCUCCGAAUUGACGGACACCGCCGAUUCCACAAACCUCGCUGCAGAGACGCGCACGUCGCAGCGUGUUACCAGAGCAGGCCUGCCGGCGCAGGAGACCACACGAACUUCCAGGGGAGACGUAACUCCAGGGAGAAAAGAACAGGAGGCUCUUCGCGAAGGAAGAGAAGGGUACGAAGGAGGGAGCGAGUUGAGGGCGAGAGGGACAGAGAUCGGCGGGGGGAGACAAAACGGAGAGACAGGGAGCGAGGAACGUUAUCUGGCGAGGUCGAGGGGGGCUGGGAGCAAGAAACCAAGGGGAGCAGCCGGUGAGCAGGAGACGGUUUCUUUGUUGUCCAUCGCACCCGGGAAGGUGGAAGGAACCGCAGUUGGGAGAAGGCCGAAACGAAAGGCCGAGCAGCCUUCAAAUUCACCGGCUGCUGCCUCUGAGAUUGCUACUGCUCCGGCCAGUGUCUUUUGGACCCGUGAGUCGGAUGAGGCCGAAGCGUUGCUCGCCAGCGCGUCCGCGCCUGAUUCGGCAGCACCGUCUUCGCAUUCGUCUCCUGCAGCUGUGGACACAGGCGGGACGGAUUCAUGGCCUAUGGCCACCACUGCGAGAGAGCAAGAGGACGAAAGGGGAGAGGCAAACGGGGGAGAGAACAAACACGGAAAGCGGAGCAAAGCAGAGGGAGAAGAUGUGCCGGAAGUGCAGGGUGGAGAGAGAGUGAGGACCGAGGAGGCGCCGACCUUUUUGCGAGAAGGGAAAGAAGUUUUUGAGGAGUUGAGAAGGCACGAGUGGGAGACUCAGCGAGACCGGGGCUUCUCUGCGGAGCCUUCACCUCCGUUCUUGUCUUCGGCUUCUUUGCUUUUCCCUCCUUUUUCCUCGUCGGUGUCGGACUCGCUUUCUCCGCUCUCGUAUGCAGCGCCGCCUUCCGCCUUUUCCCCUGCAUUUUCUUCACCUUCGCUCGGGGACCCGCUACGCGGCGUUCUUUCGCUGGAGGCUCCUGCUCAGCCUGUCGCCGGGGAGAGUCCGUUACCAGAUCGCGCUCUUCUCUCGUCUGCCUUUUGGGCGCAGGCGGGGCGAGCGCGGCCGACGGUGAUUGUCCUGGGAACGUUCGACGAACCAGUGGAACGAGCGGAACAGAAGCGCGACCGCACUAGCGGAACCGAGGAGAAGGAGACAGCCAGCAGCCGAGAAGAGGGGCGAGAAGAACGCGCGCCGACAGGGGAGAGAGAGACAGACUCGAAAAGAGGAGAGGCAAAGAGAGACCCGCUGGCGACACCGCGAGCAAAACUGCAUGCGAGGAAGCAUCGGCCUUUGGAGAGUUCAGGCGGGCGAGACGAGCAGCCGGCGACGCAGUCGGGGAGAGCUGGAGACGAGGGAGAGACAGGGGCAAGGGAGAAAGAGGAGAGAGGCAGAGAAGAGCUUGAAGGCCGGGGGGUACCAGAGGGAGAAAUGCUGCGAGAAGUGAGAAGCGAUGAGCGGGAGAGCGAAGCCGUUCCUGCUUCUCAGCCAAGAGCGCCGGAGACGCGCGGUUUGGUGCCCACAGGGACAGGCAAAAGGGACGAGAAGAGAGAGAGAAAGGAGAGGGAAGAAAAGAGAAGGAGCAACGAAGCGAAGGAGGGGAAAGAGACGGAAGCGAGUGAAGGCCGGAGAAGGACAGAAGACGCAUAUGGCGUGCUGCCUUCUCAACUGAAGAGGCGCGAGAAAGGCCAAGAGAUCAUCUGGGCCGGAGACAGAGGCGAGACACUCGAGGCCGAGCAGGGGAACGGAGGGCAGAACGCAACAGCAAAGGAGCAAGACGCAGGAGGAGAGGGUGAAGGAAAGACAGAGGAAAGAGGGAAAAGAGAAGAAAGAAGAGGAGUGUUGCCUGCCGACGAAGGACGAAAAGGAGCAAGUCAAGCGAUCACAAGGCGAGAAAGAAGAGAGGAAGGAGAAAAGGAACAGGAAAUCGGAGGGGCGGAGAAAGCGAAGGUCGAAAAAGACGAGAAAGCAGGGGAAGCGGCAACGCAAGGUCAGGAAAAAGAAGACAAGAUGAGAGAGAGAGAAAAUGGAGCGACAGGGAAACAAGGAAAAGAGGAAGAAGAAAAGAACCACCAGACAGAUGACGCGGAUGGGACGGAGAAUAGGCGGAAAGCGACAGACACCAUGGAGAAGAAGGUUGAAUGGGAUAAAGGCGAGAAAAAGGAGAACAAGGAUGAAGAGGAUGAGAGCAAGAAGAACGAGAACAAAGAGGAAGAGGAUGAAAGAAAGAAGAACGAGAACAAAGAGGAAGAGGAUGAAAGGAAGAAGAAGGGGAACAAGGAUGAAGAGGAUGAAAGGAAGAAGAAGGGGAACAAGGAUGAAGAGGGUGAGAGCAAGAAGAACGAGAACAAAGAGGAGGAGGAUGAGAGCAAGAAGAAGGAGAACAACGAGGAAGAGGAUGAGAGCAACGAGUUGGAGUCGAAGGAGGGAUUGAACGCUAAGAAGAAAGAUGAGGAAACGAAGAGUGUAGAGGACGGCGGCAAGGAGGGAGCAGAAGAUGAGACACAGGAGACCCGCGCUCCAGGGAAGAAGAGCGCCGCCGGUGAAACGGUGAAAGACACCAAAGAGAAGACGGAAGAGCGAAACCGAAACGACGCGUCGGACUCGACGGAAGACGCGGAAGCGUCGAGCGGGUUGGAGACGCAAGAGAAAGAGGGGGGCACAGAAACUUCGUCGCGGCGCGGCCCCAAGGCGCAAGCCGCAGAGAAGGAAGAGGCGAGUGAGGAGGGUGACUCUGUUUCGCCCCGCAAGAAGCCUUCUCGCUCUCGCACGUCGUCUGCUGGCAAGAACGCGAGAGACACAGGAGCGACUGUGACACCGGACGGCGUCAAGAUUUCGCCAAAGUUUGCCAUGGAGGCCAUUGAAGAUGAAGAAGACCUGUCUGUGCUCGCCUCGCUGAUAAAGGAAAACCCUCUUUUACAAGGCGACACUCUGUUGAAGCACGUGGCGAUGACAAUCUUCGCGCCCAUUGACGCCGCUGUCAACAGCCCGUACCUCGACUUUGACGACCUGCGAACCAUGAAAAAGACAAUUCCAAACGCGGAAGCCGUCGAAGAGAAAAUCGUGAUGAUGCACGUCGUGGCGCCUCGCAUUGUCGAGCCCAGCAGAAUCACAACAACCCCCCAGACGUUCGAGGCUAGAAACAAACAAAUCCUGACACUCUACCGCGUUCCAAAACCGUCCACGACAACGACCACGCCUUCGACAACGACUACGCCUUCGACAACGAGCUCGCCCUCGACAACCUCUGUCUCUCGGUCCACCUCGUCAGGGAAGGAGACGGAAAAGGAGGUCGCCGCCUCUAGUGCAUCUACGGCCUCCGAGGCUUCUCCAAAGGAGACCACAGCGCCAGACUCGCGUAUUUCGCCUCCUUCCCGCUCUUCCGCUUCGCGCUCUUCUUCUCGCUCUUCGUCGUCUUCUCCGAAUUCGGGAGAAGGACGCAGCGGGGCGCCUCCGAACGCGUCAGCCUUUGAGGAUUUGCGGGUCAUGGCGCACGGCCGUAUCGCUCGCGUUGUGGGGAUUGUCAAAGCCAAGCGCGGCUACAUUUACAAAAUCGACAAGUUCCUCGCCCCUCGGUGGAACCCCGGCCCGAACAUUGUCGACUUUAUUCGCAGUCGCGAUCGGUUCUCCAAAAGCAACUACUUCCUCGCCGCCACCCCUCCGGAAGUCGUUGAAGAGAUCAAAGUGGUGGGCCCCGUCACGUUGUUUAUGGUGCCGGAUUCGGGCUGGAUUUUUCCGAACGGCCAAAUCGUCCCGUAUUGCGUCUUCAACAGUCUCGCGCAGCCAUCGAAUCAGGCGUACGUCCAGGCGAUCAUUUCCUGGUUCGCAGUCCCGGGUAUCUGGAACAAAACGAUGAUUCAAAACGCCGACUGGCUUCCCGUCGUCGGAAACCCUCCCAAGCUAGCUGUCUCCCACGUCAAUAGCCUCGGCGACAUCGUACGCCCAAAAGUGUGCUCCCCGCGCAAGUCUUCCUCUUCUUCCUUUUCUUCUUCGAGUCAGAAGGCGCCCGAAGAGCGUGAGCGCGCGGCGGCUUUGAAGGCGUUCAGUGCGGCGCAGAAGGCGGAGGCGGAGAGGGAGGAAGGCAAGGCGAAAGGCGAAGGCGCUUCUCCCAGAGAAGAAGGGAGAAAAAAACCGGAGGGCUCUGCUGCAGAAGGCGGAAGAGGGCGGGCGGCGCGAGGCGUGCCGCGUCAAGGCGCCAACGAGAAAGAAAAGAACGCGGACAAUACAGCCGACGACGAGGACGCAGAAAGGGACCCAGAACGGGACGAAAAACCCGAACACGGGAAAAACGAGAAAAAACAAACCUCUUCUUCCUCUUCCUCGUCUUCUUCUUCCUCUUCCUCGUCUUCUUCCUCUUUGUCUUCCUCCUCUUCUUCCUCCUCUUCUUCAUCGUCGACGUCUACAAGGACUCCACAUCAGGCAUCGGGGCCGCCUCGAUCUGCGACCGCUUCUGCCUCAGCGUCUGCGUCGCCUAGGCACUUGUCGCCUUCUUCCGCUCCGUGGUGGGGGAGCAUUGUGGCCACAGUGCGGCGGCUGUCGAGUGUGUUGCUUGCGUCUUCUAGGGAGGAAUCGUCGUUUCUUGACGCUUUGCUCUCCUCCUCGGAGGCUCACGAGGAGGCAGCGGGGAGGAGACGGGAUGCGCGCGGAGAAAGGACGGAGAGGCGAGGAGACAGAGACGCGGCAGAACGCAAAGAGAGACAAGAGGGGCGAAGACAAAGGGAAGGGGCUACGGGCUCAGGGAGAGGAGCUGAGGGUGGCGACGGCGAGUUAGGCGCGCAUGCGGAUCAAAAUGCAGAGGGAGAGAACCCAUGGAAGGGGGAUGUCGAAGAAGGGAAGGAUCGAGAAGAAAAGGAAGAAGGAAAGAAGAGACAGGAUGAGGAAGAAGAGACCGAACCCACCUUCUCUGGGAGAGAGAAGGAUCCUUUGGAUCGGGGAAAGCCUGGAGGAAGGAUGCUUAGCGCCGCAGUCGAAAGAGCAAACGACAGCCACCGGGCGAGACCCACGAACCCGGUUCUUCUCACCGAUGCGGAAGAGGAUCAGAAUCUUGCACGUAGAGCCUUCUCGUCAGGCUCACCCUCUUCGUUGCCUGCAGUUUCGUCUCCUUCAGAUGACGUAUCUUCUACGCUUUCGGUUUCUGCACACUCGACUCCUCUGUCUCCCAUCUCUGCUACCGCUUCUUCGUUUACCACUGAACCUCCCUUCUCGUCCUCUGUUUCCGCGUCUUGGGGGCCUAGCUUUUCUUCCUCAGCUUCUUUUUCUGUUUCUUCUGCUCCUUCUCGCUCGACCUGCGACCAGCGCAAAGGCGACAGAGAGACGUGCGUGCUGACUGCGGAGUCGCGGGAAAGAUCUGGGUUUCUCCCUGCGCGAGAAGACUCUGCCGGCGAAAAGAAGGCCGCGAAGGGCGAAGAGGCGAGAGGCGGAGGAGAAAUCGGGGCGGAAACGACCGGCGAGGAAAAGAACGAGGCAGAGAAGAAUGGACAAGAGAAAGGGGAAAAUAAAGACGAAGAACAUAAGUAUGGUGAGAAGCAACGCGGCGAGGGGGAAGGGGAAAGACAGGAAGAAAAGGGCGGGGACAAAACAAACAGUGAUGAGGAAGAUGAAGAGAGGCAGGAAGGGAACGGCAGAGGGGAGACGAGAACAGGAGAGGCGACGAGAGAAAAGGCGGAAGACGCGGAGAAGUCGAAGAACCAAGUGGAAGUUGAGAAAACAAGCGAGGCGAGCGACGAGCAGAGCGAGGAGAAGAAGACAGAGAAGGCCAAGGAGGAGGACCGUGGCGAGAAGCAGGAAGAGCAGAAGAAAGUAGAGAAGAGAGAGGACACGGCAAGCAGUGCGACAAAAGACGAGAAGGAAAAGGAGGAGAAGGACGAGAAGGAAAAGGAGAAGAAAGAAGACAAGGAAAAGGAGGAGAAAGAAGAGAAGGAAAAGGAGAAGAAGGAAGAGAAGGAAAAGGAGAAGAAGGAAGAGAAGGAAAAGGAGAAGAGGGAAGAAAAGGAAAAGGAGAAGAAGGAAGAGAAGGAAAACGAGAAGAAGGAAGAGAAGGAAAAGGAGAAGAAGGAAGAGAAGGAAAAGGAGAAGAAGGAAGAGAAGGAAAAGGAGAAGAGGGAAGAAAAGGAAAAGGAGAAGAAGGAAGAGAAGGAAAAGGAGAAGAAGGAAGAGAAGGAAAAGGAGAAGAAGGAAGAGAAGGAAAAGGAGAAGAAGGAAGAGAAGGAAAAGGAGAAGAAGGAAGAGAAGGAAAAGGAGAAGAAGGAAGAGAAGGAAAAGGAGAAGAGGGAAGAAAAGGAAAAGGAGAAGAAGGAAGAGAAGGAAAACGAGAAGAAGGAAGAGAAGGAAAAGGAGAAGAAGGAAGAGAAGGAAAAGGAGAAGAAGGAAGAGAAGGAAAAGGAGAAGAGGGAAGAAAAGGAAAAGGAGAAGAAGGAAGAGAAGGAAAAGGAGAAGAAGGAAGAGAAGGAAAAGGAGAAGAAGGAAGAGAAGGAAAAGGAGAAGAAGGAAGAGAAGGAAAAGGAGAAGAAGGAAGAGAAGGAGAAAGGGGGAGAAACGGAAUCCCCACCUGGCGGGCAGACAGGAGGGGUGCCAGGAACCGAGGCAAUGGAGUGCGUCGAGCCGGAAGACUUUUAUACGUUUAUUGAAGGAAGGGAAGUUAUUGAAUGGGACAUUCCGAUUUUCAACGGACUUGUUCACGUCUUAGCCGAAUCAGUGCUUCGUCCGGACAUAAAAAUAAUGGCGACGCAGCUUGCGCUCUGGCAGUGCACACACCAGUUCUGUUUCGAUUGCCCCAGACUCGGAGGCUUCUUUCUCCACUACAUCGACACAAAAGGCCUUCUCGCGGGACCGACUCCCUUCGACUUCGAAGCGCCUCCCACAGUACGCCCCGAAUGGGUUUGUCGGGGUUCGAAGGGCUACUUUCCUCCAGGGUGGACCAAGGCGUCGUGGAAAGCCUUCGUGGACGCGGCAGCUUCGCAGCCUCCGCGCGGGUCUCCCAAGGCAGCUUCGGCGGCGCGGAACGUCCAGCGCUUGGCGAACGAAGGCGCGAAGAAGGCAGCAGAAAACAAGCGGAAAAUCGAAGAGCGAUACGCAGAAAUACGGCGACAAGCAGCCGAGGCGUAUUUGCGGUAUAACGAGCUCGAGGCUGUGGAGGAAAAGACCUAUCUGCCUGGGUUCUACAAAAUGAAGAAAAGUUAUUACGACAAGCACUUGCAAUGCGCGGGCGACGAGCUCGGCCACAAAGUGGCGGAACACUUUACAGAGAGGGAUCUGAAGUUCGUUCUUCCCUGGAAAUGA